AUGCAAGAUGACUAUCAAGAAACAACUGCUAAUAACUUUGCGAAAGAAAUCGGGAAUGAUGGUAUACCAGAGUUUUUCAACAAAAAAAAUACGAAUAUUCAAAUUUUGAUUGAUAAUUGUAAAGCAUAUGGCUCCGAAAAUAGUCCUAACAAUUGUGUCUUGAUCAUGACUGGCUCGAUGAAUCCUGUCCAUCGUUCGCACAUUGGCAACCUGGAGCUUGUGAAGCAACACAUUGAGCAAACAGAUCGACAAUGGAAAGUGUUAGCUGGUUAUCUUUCUCCAACUCAGUAG